AGCCUCGGGGACCUCAGAAGAGGAGUCGUCCUAGAGGCGCUUGAGGAAUGUUAAACAUGUAGCAGACGAAAGCCGAGCAUGAAGCGGUGAGCGCACCUCGGCUCUGUCUCCUGAUCUCCGCCUCUCCAGGGCUUCCACACAUCUGCUUUCGCCUGCUCUUUGACACCAGCUCGCCUCUGACGCUCUGGAUUGGGCAACAGCAGCGUCGAUCGCCGCUCGCUCUCGACUGACGCGCACGGAUAUGUAGCCGCUCUCACCACCUCCGCGGGACUGACGCAGUAAAAUGGACCUGAAAUCCGAACUUCUCAAGUCGAUAUGGUACGCCUUCACCUCCCUGGACGUGGAGAAGUGCGGCAAAGUGUCCAAGUCGCAGCUCAAGGUACUCUCUCAUAACCUGUACACGGUCCUCAACAUUCCUCAUGACCCUGUGGCCCUGGAGGAGCACUUCCAGGACGACGACGACGGCCCCGUGUCCAACCAUGGCUACAUGCCCUACCUCAACAAAUACAUCCUGGACAAGGUCGAGGAGGGGAUGUUCGACAAGGAGAAGUUUGACGACCUCUGCUGGAUGAUGACCAUGAAGAAGAACUACCGGGGCGCGCCUGAGGGGGCGCUGCUGUGCGAGAGAGACUGCUUCAAGCUCUUCUGCCUGUUCAACCUGCUGUCCGAGGACCACUACCCUCUGGUGAUGAUCCUCCAGGAGGUGGAGUAUCUUCUGAAGAAGAUCUCAGCCGCCAUGAGCCAGGAGUGGGACGCCAAACCCCUGGAGGACUUCCUGUCGCAGGAUGCUUCGGUGCAGGAGGAAGGCUUGACGGUGUGGAGGUUCCUGCACCACCUGGAGGCCGGGCACCUCCUGAGGGUCUCCAGCUCGGAGGCCUUCAGCCUGGCCCUGCACGAGGUCUUCCUGGAGAUGUACCACAACGUCUUGAAGAGAGGCUACAUGUGGAAGAAGGGCCACGUGCGGCGGAACUGGACCGAGCGCUGGUUCGUGCUGAAGCCCUCCACCAUGGCCUACUAUGUGAGCGACGACCUGAGGGACCAGCGUGGGGAGAUCCGGCUGGACAAGACCUGCGUGGUGGAGUCGAUCCCCGACAGAGAAGGGAAGCGCUGUCUCUUCUGUGUGAAGACUCACAGCAAAACCUAUGAGAUGAGCGCGUCCGACCAGAGGCUGAAGGUGGAGUGGACUCAAGCCGUGCAGACGGCGCUGCGCCUGCAGAGGGAGGGCAAGCCGUCGCUCCACCAGGAGCUGAAGCUGAAGCGCCGGGUGCAGCGCGAGCACAGCCAGCGGGAGCGCAGCCGGAGUGCACGCAGCAGCUGCAGCAGCAGGAGCAGCCGCAGCAGCCAGUCGGAGGACUCCGCUUCCCAGGAGCCGGAACGAGACAGGCAGGAUCUGGAGAUAGAAAGUAUCAUCCAGCACGCUCGCGAGCUGGAGCAUCGUCGGCGAGAGGCGGAGGAGAAGGAGAGGAGGAGGCAGCGGGAGGUGCAGAUGGAGCUGGAGAGACAACUGAAAGAAGCCAAUAUGAUGCGAGACAGCAUGCAGGCCGAGAUGCAGCAGAAAGUGAAGGAGGCGGAGCAGCAGAAGAAGAGAAUCCAGGAGCUGGAGAUGACCCAGCGCCAACUGGAGACGGCCCUCAACAUGGAGAUCCAGGCUCGAACAGAGGAGGAGAGGGCCAGGCUCGAGCUGCAGAGGCUGCUGCAGGCGGAGGAGGAGAAGAAGCAGCAGUUCCAGCUCCUGCAGGAGCAGCAGAGGGCUCUGCAGGAGCUCAGCCCCAUCGUGGAAGCUUCUAACACUUGUUUGGAGCAUCCCUCCGCCCUCCAUUACGCCUCGCAGGAACUGCAGGACCUGCAGGAGUCUCGGCAACGGAGCCACCAGCAUCUGGAGGAGGUGCAGGAGAAGCUGAGGAACGCCAGUCAACACGUGAGGCACUGGAACGUCCAGCUGAACCGCCUGAUGACGCCCAUCAGCCCAGGAGAACGCUUGGAGCUCAGACUCUCAACCAAACAAAUGUGCCCCAAAAAAGAAGGUGCGCUGGCCAGCAACGAGUUCAUCACAAAAUUAAAGACUCGAAUUGAGAUCGGCAGCGGGACGGAGGACGGCGAAACCCUGAGCGAACAGGUCGAUGCCAUGAACCUGGAAGACGCUCCACUGGAGAAGUCAAAUGGACAAGUGUGAACGUUAACGGCUGGAUGUGAAGUCUUAGAGAAGUUAUGAUCAUGAUGAUGUGAACUGGAUGGAACGAUUUGACUGCAAGGGACUGAGAUUCUUACAUUUUUACAAUAAAUAGGUUGAA